UCCGACUCCAGCAACCCCACGAAGUUCUGCACAUCCACAACCACAAUGGGCGGCGGAGGAAAGAUCCCAUACCCCAAGCACGUCUGGUCGCCAGCCGGUGGCUGGUACGCCCAACCCGCAAACUGGAAAGCCAACACGGCCGUUGUAGGCCUCGCCCUCGGCAGCAUUGUCGGCAUGGCCUGGAUGCUCAGCGCAAACCGUGAAUACCGCGACAAGAUGCCCGAACGCCACAGGUUCUUCCCCAGCCGAUACUGGAGCAAGCAGAUCAGAGAGCACGAGCGGAAACAGGACCAGAGCUUGAUUGAAAAGACGUUUGGAAAUUAGUGGGUGAAUCAGGGACUGGGAUAACUAGGGGCGUUGCAGCGACAAAGGCUAUGGCUGUACAUAACUAGCCAACCGCUGCUUGAAAU